AUGUCACAUAUGAACAAUGAUGUUGACGAUCGAUGUCAGCAUCCUGAUAAAUGUACUAAACCAAUGUUUACAUACUGUUCUCAUUGUCGGUGUUUUCUUUGUUUUACCCAUUUGAAGCAACAUCAUGACAUGAUGAAACACGAUAUUGCCCAAAUGGUCACGAAAGCUGAUCAUGAACGUGUGUUGCUCGAGCAACGGAUCCAUGACAUUAAACAACAGCAGAUCGUAUUGAAUAACUUUUACGAACAGGAAAUGAAACGUUUGGAUGAAAUGCACGGAUUUCUCGUGAAUAUUAGCGAGAAUAAAGUCGAUAGUCACAAUAUUUAUUCAUUAAUGAAUAAUUAUGAGAAAAAUAUCAAACAAUUCAUUGCAAUUAAUCAUGAAGAUAAAGCAAAAAGUUCUUUUUUAAAUCAAAUUGAUCAAUUUCUAAAACAGCAAAUUGACCUUGAAGAGCCCGACAUUGACUCCAAUACAAACAAAUCUUCGCUUGAACAACAAAACGAUAUUGAUUCGGAAGACUUUUCACUUAGUUCCAAAUCAUUAAUCAACUUACCUAAUCCCGUAUGUCCCUUGUCACAUGUAAAUGCUUUUGGUUUGUCUUCUGAACUGAAAAUAAUUGGCAUACCAUGCGAAUUAUUAAAAGAUUGUACAACAUUGACAUACGGUCGCUGCUACUAUCAUUUGAUGACGUACCAUCGUUUAAAACCUGCUGUGGCUAAAAUUAUCGUGCGAACGAUAUCAGCAUAUGAAAAUCAAUCGAUUGACCCGACUUCACUCGAUAUUUUCUCCAAAUGGGCACCUGAUCAAAUUCUUUCUCAAUCGAGAAGUCUAUUUAUUGGUUGUUGUCCUCUAACCGAAGAGAACGUUUAUGGUAUCAAACCCCAUCAUCAUACAUCAGUAUGCGCACCGCGACCACCUAUUCACCUCUAUCAACAUCUACUUACAUUUCAUCGUUUUAAACACAAGUGUGCGUUGCGUUUAGUCAGUGCGUUGAUUGAUCAAAAACCAGCAUCGACACAAAUCUUUCACGCCAAUGAAGUGAUCAUUAAUACUGCUACCAAAGUCUACUCAUUCGAAAGUCUUUUUCGUACAAUCAUGAAAUACUAUCAAUUAGUCGUCUGUAUUUGCUUCAUACUAAUCAAAACUUCUAGUCAAUCAUCGAAACGAAUAACACACGCGAUCAUUCAUGGUGAAGUCCGUGGAAAUGGUUCAUUGCCGAAUGCCGACAGAAAUGUUCAUUUAGUUAUUGAACUCCGCCUGUCUCGUGAUGAUCGUCCCCAGGCAAUCGCGAGGACAAAAAUUAGACUUUACACCAAUCGAACAGUGUCAUCGUUUGUUUUUCCAUUUAAACUGAAAUAUCUGCUAGCGAAAAUCAAUCCGCAUAACGCGUAUGUUCUUUCGGCACGAAUUCGAACCGGCCAAAAUAAGUUAAUCUACGUUGGCGAUUUGCCCGUGCCUGUUACCGAACGAAAAGAAAACCAAGCGAAGUAUCUGGUUAUUAAUGUCGUCGAAACUCCUUCGUGGUACGGUAAUAUUGAUAAACUGAGUUUACUAGCUUAUAAAGUAACACAAUUAGGUGGUACUGAAGAGGCAUUUUCCAGUGAACUAUACACCAACAAAAAGACUGGCACUUAUAACUGCGCGGUAUGUAAUUCAACAUUGUUCAGUUCAAAGCAUAAAUACAAUAGUGGCACAGGUUGGCCAUCUUUCUAUCAAGCAGCUAUUGAGGAAAAUGUUGCAACAGAUGUUGAUCGAAAAUAUGGAAUGACUCGAACAGAAGUUCAUUGUGCAAAAUGCAAAGCCCAUUUGGGUCAUGUCUUCGACGAUGGUCCACAGCCUACUUACAUGCGUUAUUGUAUCAAUGGGGUUGCUCUGCAAUUCUAUGCUGAUAAAGAUCAGAACUAA